AUGACCAAAGCACACGGCUUUCCAAAUAAGGGAUUAAUCAUCAACCGAUCAAGUGACAUGGAGCUCAUCUUCGUUGACUUCUCAAAAGAUGCUCUGAUAGCGAUACAUGCCCCACAAUCUCCAUCUAUAUAUGCACAUCACAUUUUUUUGGUCGUAAAAAGCAUCUCAAACAGAGAAAUGGAUACUCCUUUGCUCUCCGUUCUCCUUCUCUUCCUCCUCGUUUCCUGUUCUCUGCCAUCUCUUACGCUCUCUGCUUAUUCUUUCCGCUGCCAUGCAUCUGACAAAAGAGUCCUCUGGAAAAUAAAAAAAUCUCUGAAAAUCCCCCAUUACUUUGAUUCCUGGAAUCCCAGCACCGAUUGCUGUAACUGGAACUACGUCGGAUGCGAUCCUUCAGACCGCGUUACCCAAAUCCUAUUCUACAACAUCCACACUCCUUUCAAGAUCCCAGAGGCCGUCGGUGACCUUCCAUUCCUGAAGACUCUCGACUUCGAUGACAUACCCAAUUUCACUGGUUCCAUCCCCUACUCCAUCACAAAACUUCAGAACCUCGAAAUACUCCGCAUAUGGAACACCAGCCUCUCCGGUCCUAUCCCUGAAUUUCUAAGCCAAUUAAAAAAUCUCAGAUAUCUCCAUCUGGGGUACAACCAACUUUCUGGUCCAAUCCCAUCUUCUCUUGCAAACCUUAACAAGCUGCAAAGUCUUGACCUCCUUUCGAACAAAUUCACCGGAACCAUACCCGACUCAUUUGGGAGUUUCAAAGACGGCGAAUACGGCGUUUUCUCUCUCCAUCUAUCUCACAACCAGCUCUCCGGUGGAAUCCCAACAUCGAUUAAYGUCUCAAGCAUCGACCUGUCGCAUAACAAACUCAGUGGGGACGCAUCAAUGUUGCUGAGGGAGAAUGGAGCAGCGGAAUGGAUCUACUUAUCUCACAACCAACUCGACUUUGAUCUGACGAAGGUGAAGUUUCCAAAGAAUUUAAAAGUUUUAGAUUUGUCCCACAACCAGAUUCACGGCAACAUUCCGAAGCAGUUAAUUAAUAAGUUGGAUUUGGAAAGCAUGGAUUUGAGUUAUAAUCAGCUGUGCGGAAAGAUUCCGUUCGGUGGGAAUGUGCAGAAGAUGGGUGCCAAAUCCUUUGCCCAUAAUCGCUGUUUGUGCGGCCCACCACUCCCGAACAAGUGCAAGUAAACCAGUCGGCAUCCAGUGAAAGAAGACACUUGUAAUCACUGCCUGAGAAUUUAGAUUUCAAUAAUAAUAGUAAUAAUUUCUUGCAACGAGGAAUUUGCUAGAACAUGCAGAUAUGAAUGUUGUUCUCUUAUUUUUAAUUUUUUUUAGUGAAUAGCUAAGAUAAAGUUCUAUCUGUUCAUGUUGUAACUUUUCUUGGCGUCAUGUCCCUGCUUCCAUGCCAGCUAUAAGAUAUUUUUCUACUUUCUGUCAUAUA